GUGGUAUGGGGCCAUUAAAUUCCGUUGUAGGGAGAUGCCAGCUCAACCUUCCGAUGUGCCUGAGACAUCUUUCCCGAGUCUAAGUUGUAGCAGACCCAGUUUCCUAUGUUGCGAGACCGGCUAGUACGAGAUGAGAGAACCCUUGGUGAUCUGCAGAAUUCGCUUUCGAAAUCGCUGUGAUGUCAAGCAUAGAAGCGUAGCGGUUGUUGACAACGAGGAAAUCGCCGUUACGAUGAGUCAUCGACCAGCGUUGACGACGUGGAAUGUUGACCGCAUCGUCAUAUUGAUAGCGACACCCAUUAUUCGGCACUUCCUCUAUAUUGUCACUACAACUCCAUCUCGUACGAUACGACAACCGGAAGUCUCUAUGACCGAUAUCCUUGCACUCUCAGCACAGUUUCGUUGUUACUGGUACCGUACCAGGGCCUGUGGUCGCUUAGUCUAGCCAAUCCGAGUUCUGAAUACCACUCGUUCGUGCUAGUACCAAACUACGGCCUCUGGUAGCUUGGUCAAGCCAAUCCGAACUGUUAACUGAGGUUUUUAAGUGUAGUUUGUUGAGUGUUUGUCUUGUAUUGAGGAAAAUCCUGAAUUGAUGGUGGUGG